AAUCGAUCAACAGUUUGAUGCUGCGUGCCCAUCAGUUUCUAGUCUAGCAGUAAUAUAACUCAGAAAAGAUGCAUGUUUGCUCGUCUCAUUACAAGCCGCCUUCCUGCGUGACGUGCGGCAUCCUCGCGCCAUGCCGACGAGCACUCACGCGGCUGUUCCGCGUCCCGGUAUCCGCUGCGCUCUCCAUUAGGGCCUUCCGCUUCCGUAACCUCCGGAAGGCAGCGGCCGCCAGGAUGAGCUCGCGCCGCCGACGUCGCGGCCGCAAGACGUUCCGAUCGGUGCGCGCUGUCUUCUGGCCGCUGGUCCCGACGUCGACCACGCCGGCGACCUCUACAGGAGAAACUGAGGCCGCGCCGGGGCCAGCACCGGCACCGGAAAUAGUGGUGCACGAGACUCCGGUGGUCGCGCCGGUGUCGUCCCCAGAGACGCCAGCGUACAUGAAGGUGGUGGCGCGGCUGCGGUUAGAGAGGAGCGCUGCUAGCGCAGGCAGACAAGAAGACGGGGACAAAGAGGAGGAGGCGUGCCGGAGCUUCGAGACCUGUCUGAUGGAGAUGCUGGUGGAGGAGGGGAAAACGAGGGACCUGCAGGACGUGGAGGAGCUCCUGCGGUGCUGGGAGCGCCUCAAGUCGCCGGUCUUCGUCGAGCUGGUGUGCAGGUUCUAUGACGGGCUCUGCAAUGGCAUGUUCCCCGCGCCAGGGGAUGACGAAGUUGACAUCGGCGGCAGCGGCGGCGAUGGCUCUGAGUCCAUGUCUGCUGCUUGAUCACGCACGGCUCAAGAGUCUACAGGAUGCAUCAUUCGGUGUUUCGUAGAACUAAAUAAAUGCUCUUCGAAGUUACUGUUGGAUGUUUUGUUAUGUAUACACUGCCACACGUCGGGCAUUAGCACCGGUCGAGAAGGCCCUGUUGCCCCGGUUCCCGAGCGAGCCGGUGCUGCCCUUCCGGGACUAAAGGCCCACCCUUUAGUCCCGGUUCGGACAACCGGGGCUAAA